AUGCAUAUCAACCUUUUGAGUAGUAUCGCCGUCGUUGCGGUGCUUCUAACAUCAUCUGUCGGUGCAUUCAGACACGACGGAAAGUCUCAUAACCAUCCCAACCGUCGCCUACUGCCUCGACAGGUUGGGCCAGAUGGUCAUUACGGAGGAGGACAACAAAGCCCGCCGUCGAGCCCACAGGUGUUUCCGAUUCCCACGCCUCCACCUCCCGCGGGCACAAUGUCCACCACUGUCGUGGCAUCGAACUCGCCGGUCGUCCCGAAAUAUACUGUGGCGGUUGCUGCUGCCGCCUCUGGUGGGGCCAACGGGACCGACGCCGUAGGGUGGUCUUAUGUGUUUCCGACGACGGUGAUUCAAGUACCGGUGGCUACAUUAUGUCCUGGUGGUGGUGCCGAAGGUCCUCCUUUGUUCACCAUGGCUCCGGCCUCGAAUACGAGUGUCACGGAGAUUGCGAACGAGGUAAACAACGCGGUGACGGACUACGUUCCUUUACAGGUCAACGCUACAGCCACUUUGCCAGGUGGGAAGACGACUGUGUUUCUGAGUACGAGUUCUUCUGCCGUUGUUAGGAGGGGAAGAAAGAUGACGACGAGCUCGACCUCGAUCUCGAUCUCAACCCCUGAUCCUGCCGCCGCAAGUGCUUCAGCUUCGGCUACGGCUUCGGCUUCGAAUGAUAUGGCUAGAAUCAUACUAGACCCAUCAGGUUGUCAAACUGUUUAUUCUCCCCUGACGACUCAGUUGUGUAGUACGAUCGUCAACCCCGGUGGAGGUAUGCUCCCAGUCCAAAUCACCGAUUGUGAUCAAUGGGUGACAUUUUCGAGUGAGAGGUUGAGUGGUGGUGGUGGUGGUCGGUGUUCAACAACAGUGACGAUUGGCGCCCCCGACGACGAAGAAGAAGAAGAAGAAGCAGGAAAUAGGGAUGCCUCAGAGACGGGCAUUGAAUCGGUGGAUGGUGGUGAAGCUACGACCUCAACCUCAGCCUGGACGGCGACCUUUACAGAUCCAACGGCAUUUUAUGCGGCUCAUUGGUAUGAUUUGGUGGUCGCAUCAGCAGCGGCAUCGCCGGCAUCGACGGCAACGGCAGCGGGAGCAGCAGUGGCGACAACGAUGGUACCUUCUUCGUCUGCGGCUCCCAUACCCACUCUAGUUAGAGUUGAGAAUUGUUUUCCAUUCACGACGGGAUCGACGACAGAAUGUAUGACUAGCAGUGAGAGGUGGAGUGUUACCAGUACGACCAGGACGACAACAGAAAGUAAACUCGUCACUUUUGAAGGGCUCGCGGCCAUCACGUCGGGAACGAUCAGGACGACAACAACAUUAUCACUCAGUACGAUUCUCACCAUGACGUCUGUAGUUACAGACUCGAGCAUCGUACGUAGUAGGAUUGGCGAGUCGACGUCAGUCACAUCAACAGCAGCAGCAGUUGACAGUACCGUGACCAUAGCCAUGUCUACACCCACUACCAAGACGUGGUUCGUAGAGGCCGUGUCACACACCCCGUCUACCGAUUCCAUGAAACCAACAGCCACCGCCGACCCAAAUUUGCGUUUGGUUUCGACUUCGGCGGGUCAAGAUGACCUAGAAACGACGACGACGGUGGUAGUCAAACAGACGAUGACCACGAUGUUACAGGUCACGGAAACAAAAACCCAUUCGGUCCCUACUGCUGCUAUCACACCUACCAUGGAGAAGAACUGA